CCAAAAGUUAAUUUCUUUCACUGACCACCAUCAUGUCCAGCCGAAGAACAUCUUCGAACCUCUCAGAGAAUGAGAUUAAUGAGGUUGUUUCAAGGUUACAGGCAGUACUGCCACGACUGAACCGAAGAACCAACUCAAGGGCAUCAGUAUCGAAGGUUGUGAAAGAAGCUUGCUGUCACGUGAAGAAGCUUCAGAAAGAGGUGGACGAGCUCAGUGACAGACUAUCAAGGCUGAUGGAUUCCACGGAUAUCAGUGAUAUUGACGAACAAAGCCUUCGAAAUAUUCUACAACAAUGAAAUUUAUAUCGUGUUUCGACUCCGCCUCCACCAUAAUAGUUGUAUUUCCAAGUCAUUUGGUCUUUAGUGCUUUUCGGAUGAACAAUGUGACAUAGCCAUACUUUGUGUUUACUCGUAUCGACUAGUAUCUUGAGACAUGCAGACAACCUGGUAUCCUCUUUACUACUAUCUUUAGGUGAUGACCACAUACAUGCAGUGAUUAAAAUUCUUAGGUGGUGGCUGUACAUUACAUAUGAUUUUUAAAUUAAA